GGAGCCGAAAACCUAUCAAGAUGGCCACCGUAAACGUAAACCGCAGUGUGACGGACAUCUUCUAUCGCUACAAGAUGCCACGUCUGCAGGCAAAGGUCGAGGGCAAGGGAAACGGCAUCAAGACCGUGCUGGUCAACAUGGCGGAAGUGGCUAGGGCCAUCGGACGCCCGGCCACCUAUCCAACCAAGUACUUUGGUUGCGAGCUGGGCGCCCAGACGCUGUUUGAUCACAAGAAUGAGCGCUUUGUUGUGAAUGGAUCGCAUGAUGUGAACAAGUUGCAGGAUUUGUUGGAUGGUUUUAUUCGCAAGUUUGUGUUAUGCCCCGAGUGCGACAAUCCGGAGACCAAUUUGACUGUGUCAGCCAAAAACCAGACCAUUUCGCAGUCUUGCAAGGCAUGCGGCUUCCAUGGUCUGCUCAAGGUUAACCAUAAAGUGAACACAUUCAUUGUGAAGAACCCGCCGUCAUUGAAUCCGGCGGCCCAAGGAUCAUCGCUAACCGAGGGCAAACGCUCGAGGAAACAGAAGCAGAAGAACGAUAACGCCGAUGGCUCCAUGACCAACAACUCUUUGGCCAAUAACUCUGGCGGUGAAUCAGAUGGCGGCAACGGCACAAAUCAGGCUAGCCAAACUGAGGCCGAGAUUAGCGCAGCUAUUCCGGAGAAAACAGCCAAGGAUGACGACGAUGAGGGAUGGAGUGUCGAUGUUUCGAAGGAGGCUAUUCGUGCUCGUUUGCAAGAUCUGACUGAUGGUGCUAAGGGUAUGACUAUUUCGGAUGAUUAUGAUAAAACUGAAAAGGAGCGCAUUGAUAUUUUCUACGAGUUGGUUAAGGAGAAGCGGGACAAGAAGCAAUUGGAGGAUGUGCAAACUCACAAGGAGCUGGUGAUUGAAGCCGAACGUUUGGAUAUUAUUAACAAGGCUCCAUUGGUUCUCGCCGAGCUGCUGUUCACUGAAAACAUCAUCAAGGACGUGCAGAAGAAUCGUCCCUUGCUACUUCGCUUCACCCUCAAUAAUCCAAAAGCACAGCGCUAUCUAAUUGGUGGAGUGGAGCAAACUGUAGAGCUGCAUAAGGGUAUACUGAUGAGCAAGGUAGCUGGAAUCUUCAAAUUAUUUUAUGAUCUGGACAUACUCGAUGAGGCCGUCAUACUGGAGUGGGCACAGAAGGUUAGCAAGCGCCAUGUCUCCAAAAACAUUGCUGCCGAAAUACACGAGAAAGCUAUGCCGUUCGUUCUCUGGCUGAAGAAUGCCGAAGAAGAGUCCUCCGAGAGUGAGGAGGAGGACGAUGAAUCCGAUGAGGAUAACUACGUUUCCAGUGCCGGUCAACGUGGCGGUCAACGGGUCGUCCAACGCGGAGUUACACGCGCCGUUGCAGGCGACGAGGAUGACGAGGAGGACGACGUGAACAUCGACGAUAUCUAAAAAGAAACAAAAAGAGAACAGCUAUCCUAAUCCAAUCAGUAAUAUUUUGAAAGGGGGAAAUCAAGCGGCGAGCGUAAUCUACAAUUCAAACUUAAAUAUAAAUUAGCGAGUUAAAUCAACAUGUGGUUAUUUGAUCUUUAGUUCUUAAGAGUGCUAAUCGUAUUUUGAGUUGUCGCUUUACUACCAUUCAAUUGUUUGCAUAACAUUUCCCAAGCCGCUGUAACAAUACAAUUACACCAACAUAAUACAAAAUAAAGU